AUGACGGCGCAGAUACUCGCCUCAGAGCUUGGAAAUCUUAUACAGGAGAGCAAAAGAAAGCAUACAGAUCUCCGAAAUGCCGCGGAAAAGAGUUUGGAUGAGAUUAGAGGUCUGCGAUCAACAUCUGAAGCCCAAAUAGCUGCAGACCUCACUCAACGAGCCAACUUCGUUACACCUUUCCUCAUUGCCUGCGGAACCAAGAAUGUCAAGUUUACUGGAAUUGCGGUCGUUUGCCUUCAAAGAUUGGUUGUGUCACGUGCACUUCCCAGAUCGAGGCUAAGAGAAGUUUUGGAGGCAUUGCGAGAAGCUACAUCAGCGGGUCUGGAUGUGCAGCUGAAGAUCCUCCAGGCGUUACCGUCGCUUUUACAGAAUUAUGCAGAUGAAUUGAAGGGGGAACUCUUAGCUGCAGCACUCAACAUAUGUUCCAUUCUUCAGGCAAGCAAGAACGGCAUUGUGCUUAAUACGGCUGCUGCUACCCUUCAACAGUUAGUUGUUUCUGUAUUCGACAAGGUUGUGGCAGAGGAUAAAGUGCCCACCAUUGGCGAAGCACCAACUGGCGACGGAGUCAUCCAGCUGCGUGCUGCUGCCCUGGAUGCUUAUAGGGUUUUCAACGACAUAUGCUUGUUGACGGAAGCCCAAAAGCCUCAAUUUUUGAAUUCCACUGGUCUUCCGCAAACGUUUGGGCUCGAGCUGAUUGAAUCUGUCUUGACCAAUCAUGCCGAUAUAUUCCUGUCACAUCCCGAGCAAGCAAAUAUACUAAGAGUCCGAGUUAUGCCAUUCAUCAUUAACGCACUCUCAGAGAAGUUGAACUUUGCAGUGACUGUUAGAACUACAAGAAUUCUCUAUACACUUCUCAGAAGACACUUGAGUAUUCUUUCUUCUGAAGGCGAAAUGGCACUCGGUCUACUCACCCACAUGCUUGACCAUGAUACUGCUUUGUGGAAGAGAUCACUCUGUAUGGAAAUAUUGAGAGGCAUCUUUGCCGAAGCAGCUUUGAUUAGAAGAAUAUUUUCCAUGUACGAUGCUCGAGAAGAGAAGAAAAAUAUCCUACGAGAUCUCGUUGCAGCUUUUGUCAGAGUCAGCACGGAAAAGCCUGCCGUUAUUGGUCUUGGUCAUCAAUCUACUAUCCCGAUUGCUAGCCAGGGUAGCACUUCAGAUCAAGCAAUGCUUGAAGCUAGCGGAGUUCCUGGUAUCAUCAGUAGCACGGUAAGUACGACUGAGCCAAGCGCUGGUGUCAAUUCUCGUCCUAGUACCCCUGAUAUAAGACCAAUCGAGAGGGGUUCGUCUUACAAAAGGAAUCCCAUUCCCAUCAAUCCAUUAACUCUCGAACAUCAUCAUCUAUUUCAAGAGGUCAAGAUUUGUGCCGGCAUCGUGGACGAAUGCUGGCCUGCAAUCUUGGCAACUUGUUCAACCUUUCUCUAUGCAGCGUUAGAUCAAGAAUAUUACCAUGGCUUGGUUAGAUCAUUCCAAAAAUUCACUCAUGUAGCCGGACUUCUACGACUUGCGACACCUCGAGAUGCCUUCCUCACAACCCUAGGAAAAGCCGCAGUACCACCUAAUGUCUUGACGGCCACGACGACUCAAAUUCAGAGCCCAACGACGCCGACGGUGGACUCGCCUUCUAGCUCGAGCAUUUUCAACAACGCAAGAGGUCUCUUAAGUGUUGAUAGUUUGGUGAGCAAUUCGGAACGAAACAAGCAUGCGCCCAUAGAUACAUCCAGUCCGACCCUCAACACACGCAAUUUACUUUGUCUUCGCGCACUAUUGAAUUUAGGGAUUGCAUUAGGACCCACACUCGACUCGGCAUGGGUGAUUGUUCUUGGUACGUUGCAGCAAGCUGAUCUAGUAAUAUUUUCUAGUGCCAAGUCCGUCAGAACUCCCACCACACAGAGACCAGAGAGUCAGGAUGUUAAUAACACCUCUGCAUUAUGGGCGAACUUUGGCACCGAGAUCAAAGCGGUUGAAACAGCAGCUACCAGGUUACUAGAAAGUACUGUCGAUUUCCCUAAUGAGCCAUUUGUGGCUGUUGUCUCAGCUCUCUGUGAUUUGUUCAGCAAAGAAGAAAUUCUCAAGAUACCAGAAAAGCCAGUACCUUCUAGCCCAUCAUCUCCUGAAACAAGAAGGCCAUCUUACGCUCAUAAAAAAGUCCAUAGUAUUGUGACAGCACCAACUACUCAGAAUCAAGAGGACCUAUUUGCGCUGGCGAAGUUGGGCGAUAUUGCGAGUAUCAAUAUUGAUAGAUUAACGACACAUGAGCCCCACGCUAGCGGGUGGCAGAUGCUGACAUCAGAGUUGAUUUCUGCCUCUUCUUCCCUUACUGCAACACCUUCUGUUCGACUGAGAGCUGCGGAUAUUCUCGUUAGGAUUGUGAUUGAAGCCGCGACUUCUACCUUAGCAGACUCCGAAGUUCGACGCAAUGUCAUACAGACCAUGCUACUUCAAGCACUGAGUCGUGCCUUAGGUCCACUUCAAACGGAAGAGAGACAAGUUACCGUGGCUAUACAUUCAACGGACGUCGAAGUCCAUAAGGCUAUUCUUGAAGGCCUGAAAAGCAUUCUCGAGCAAUGUGGAGACAAGUUGAUCAGUGGUUGGGACAUCGCAUUCGAGAUCAUCGGCAGUGUCUUUAUGAAGUUUGACUCCGACGCAAAGAUAACCGCUACUCGAUCUGCUAAAUUAGUCCGCUCUGCUUUUAAUUCUCUCCAGCUCACUGUCACCUUCUUUUGGGUACUGUCAGAUUUCAUUUCUAGCAGAACCAGCUCCUUUUCGCUUAGUCCUGAUCUUAUCGAAGAUUCAACCGAGGAAGCUCUGAUAGGAAAGGCAUCUGGUGAUGAUCGUGCCGUUUCAGAUGCAGCUUUAUGGAUGCUUCUCUUACUACGCCUCACGUCGGUUACGGCAGAUGAAAGACUAGAGCUCAGAAAUAGUGGGUCCAAACAUUAUUGGCCAAGUACUUUAUCUAACAUUGAUGUAGGCGCAAUUCAGACAUUACUAAGAAUCUUCGACGCAUAUGGGGAUCAACUCAGCGCAGUAGCAUGGUCUAUGUGCCUGAAAUCAGUGAUCUUCAGAUUGUUGUCUUUGAUAGAGGCACAUCUGCAAUUUAUCACUGACCCUGAGCUUACUGUAUCUGAUAAAGACAAAACAGGAUGGAUUGAGACUACUGUCGUGGUUUUGAGUGGCAUUACCAAUUUGUUGGCCGACUAUCUAGAUGUUCUGACUAGCCAUCCCACGUUCGAAAGCUCUUGGAAAACCUUGUUAGAACAUUUCAAAACAAUGCUAGCUUUCGAAAUUCUCGACAUCAAUACUGCUGUCUUCAAGGCUUUACAACAAAUUCUUUCUCGAGGCAAUGUCAAAGAGGCCACGAAAACCAAUUUCACGCGCAUUACGAUUGAUUUGGCAUGGGGCCUUUGGUCUGAUUCUUUACCUUCAGUAAGAAUCGAUGCGUUUGAUAAUCGCGUCGACAAUCAAGGUUAUCUAGUUGCUUACGUGUCUGCUCUCCCUGAGAUUUACCGUCUUGUGGAAGAUGAUCUUGAUGCCGAUCGAGUCAAACGAAUGCUUACCCUACUUCGUGAAGCUAUGCAACAGGCGAAUGCUUCUACCUAUUCCGCAGAUAUUGAGUACCUCACUCCAUUACAAUCUCAGGUAUUAGAGUCGCUUAAGAUGAUUCGCACUGAUAUUGAGGGAGUUCCUGCUACCUUGAUUAGCCAGGUUGCUGAAUUCGUUGCAUUGGCUUUCGUGCCGAAGGAUAAUACUUCUAACGUCCAGAGGCCCACAUACAUAGCUUUGUCGAAAGCCUCUAUGGUUUUAUCGGAGAAGCUCAUUAUAUCGCAUUCCUCGGAGCCAGACAUCUACACCAGCGGUGCAGUAUCUUCUUCCUUAGCCGCGCUUGCCAAUCCAAUUGUUUUAAAGUACUCAUUUCCUAUAAUAUCGAAGAGUAUAUCACCAUGGCGCCAAGCAACAAUAUCAGCACUCGCUAUUCUGGGCGCCAUUUUGCCGAUAAUGCCAACUAUCACUUUGAAUGAAGAAGCCGUUCGAUCUAUAUGGACGUCGAUAGUAAGCAUAGCUAUUGGAAUCACCUCUGCAGACUGUGAUUUUGCAAACAAAACAGUCAAUAUCAAAGAUGAUCAGGAGUUCGACAUUGCAUCAUUCCUAACUUUACGCGAGCUCAUCACCCCCGCUCUUGGCGCCCAAGUCAUACCGGACCGAACGCGUCGCACGUACACCGAGUCACUUUUCCACAUGUCCAUCAUCCACCCCGUACAAUCCAGCGAGCUUCCCCAGCCCAGCCAGGAACUACUAGCCACAUUGUACCAAAUUCGCAAAGGUUGCACUGUUGAUCCAAUCCCCUCCCCUCGUGCAAAAAUGAGUUACGUUUGCUUCGAUGAACUCAUCUCCCUCGUCACUCUCAACGAUGGCUCUGUACCACGCAUCAAGCUCGCUCAAGCAGCUGCGCCAUACUUGAUUCUCAGAUGUGGCCUCGUUCUUCGCGCAUACAUUGCUGAUCAACCACUUCGUGGCCGCAUGCCGCAGCCAUUAUCUCAACGCAAAGAACUUCUAUAUAUUCUCAAGAAGCUUGUAGGGUUAAAAUGUGAAAGCGAGGCAAUUCCCGACACACCUGGUGUCGAGAGUGAGGGAAAAAAACAUUUACACAGAUUGUAUCCGUUGUUUGUGAAGACCAUGGGCGCCGCGGCGAGAGAUCAGGAGGUCUUGGAGUGGAUUGGGAAGGCUUUGGAGGAAGUGGGGAUGGAGUUUGGCCUUUGA